AUGAUUGAAGUUUCCGAAGCUGAAGCUACCGGAGUUGAUGUUCCCGUGGGUGAAGUUCCGGUGAGUGAGGCUCCCUUAACUGAAACUUCUGCGGUUGAAGUCCCCAUGACCGCUGGAAUUGCCUCGGUUGAAGGCAACAAUGAUCUUCUUACUACUAUUUUACUCCUCCUUUCACCAAAGCCACUCUUCAGGUGCAAACUUGUUUGUAAAAGAUGGCAAUCUCUAAUCUCUGAUCCCAAAUUUGCUUCCUUUUGGAGGCUUAAAACUCCUUCUUUGGGUGGCCUUUUUGUCAAUCGAUUUUGGCGCAAAGAUAACACGAGUUUUAAGUACUUCUAUAUUUCUUUUACUGAUAAUGGAUUAAUUCACUCUCUCAAAGGUUUGCAAAAUCCUUAUGGCGAAGGUGUUGUUAUUUUGAAUUCCUGUGGUGGUUUACUUUUGUGUCGCACCAUGAAAAAGGAAAGAACCAUAAACCCUAUAUGCAAAUACUAUGUCUCUAAUCCGACUACAAACCAAUUUAUUGCUCUUCCUGAAAUAACAUACUAUAUUCUUACUCAACAUAGAUAUGGUGAUGCUGCUGAUUUUCUACACAUGACUUUGGCUUUCGAUUAUUCUGUAUCGUCUCAUUUUAAAGUAAUUCAUGUAUGUUCUGAUCGUCGUCCUCGCGCCGAAAAUUUUGAGAUAGGAAUAUAUUCUUCAGAGACUAAUUUGUGGAAGCAUUUAACAUGUCAAAUUUCAAACUCAGCUGUAAGUCGCGUGGACUUCAACAAUGGAGUUUUCGUAAAUAGAGCAAUUUUUUGGCCAGCAUAUAAAUCUGAGACUUCUAUCUAUUUUGAUCUUGAUACGGAAAGCCUUCAUCCGUAUCCAAUGCCAUCCAAAAGAAGGGAAGCUAUGUACUUUGGAAGCUUGAAAGACCGUCUAUAUUAUAUUCGCUCAAAAAAGGGUUCUCGCUUAGACGUUUUUGAACUCGAAAAAGACUAUUCCUCUUGGUGUUGCAAGUAUAAGAUAUAUGAAUUUCCUGAAAUGAAUUUCUCUCAAAUUAAUUUUCUCACUCUUAUUAGUGGAGAUGAAAAUCGGUACUUGGUCAUAUGCACACAGCCCGCGGGCAUGGUUUUGUCUAUCAACUUGGACGAUAGUUCUUAUACAAACUUGUGUAAGUUACUAUUGCGUCCUUCUGAUAUCAAGGAGCUAUCCGAAACUUGUGGAUCAGCAGUUCAUUAUUUGUCUGAAAAUCCAUUUUGGAUAGGAAGCAGACUGGACAUAUAA